AUGCAGAAGAAACUCACCAAGCAUGAGGAGGAAUCCUCGACCCUGGAGGACACACACACAUUGAUCUGUGUCUCGGUAAUUCUCUCACUGGCAGAUGCAGGUCUGUUUGGAUUAAGCAGGAUUAUAAGGCUAACCUUAUUUCUUCGCACUAUCCAGCGCCAUGAGUGUAAUGAGUCCGGCCUAAGCACAAUGAAGAGAAAACAGGCACGUGAUGUGUCUCACAUGCCAAGUCAGGAACGUUCAGGGGGCAUGUCAAUUCCCAGAGCCAAGAAGAAAAAGGCUAAAAAGGAAAUCAAUGGAUUGAAAGAGCCAGAUGAGGAGACAGAGUCUGCUGUUGAAAUAGAAAAGGUACCGAGCUGUAAAGCAUCUGAAAGCAAUAAUACUCGUUCUGCUGAGCCACAGAAGAAGAAGAAGAGGCGAAAGAUGGAAAAUACCUUUGAUAUGGAAAGUGAGCCGCAAGACCUUGUGAAUGGAGACACACAAACAUCACCCACAGAUAGAGAGGAGGUUACUAGGAAGUCUAAACGAAAGAGGAAGUCUAAGAUAACAGAGAAUCAGCAUAAUAACAAUGAGGAAGUGGAAGACCACAAUAUUGUCACUGAUGCACAUACUCCUAUCUCUCAUCGUUCUCAGUUUUCUGCCCCUCUGUGUCACAGCCACUCUUUCGGCAAAGUGUUUGUGGAAAGACACUGUCGGUUUCAGGCAACAGAUCAGCUGGCCUUGGGUAAUGAGCAGGUGGAAGAAUUCAUGGAGGUCAAAUCCAUGUGGAACACACGAGAUGUUGCCUUAAGGGUUCACAGUGGCUUCAGGAUCAUUGGACUCUUCUGUCAUGGGUUUCUCGCAGGCUAUGCUAUUUGGAAUAUUAUUGUCAUUUAUGUGCUGGCUGAAGAACAACUGAAAACACUGUCAAACCUGUUACAGCAAUACCACAGUUUAGCAUAUCCUACCCAGUGUCUACUGUACUUUUUGCUGGCCAUUAGCUCUGUGUCUGCCUUUGACAGGGUGAAUCUGGCCAAGGCCUCUAUGGCCCUUAGAGGGUUUUUCACACUUGACCCAGGAGCCCUAGCAUCAUUCUUGUACACUACAGCUCUUAUACUGUCCCUGAGUCAGCAGAUGACUAGUGACCGAAUCAACCAGUACCCAACAGCCAAUGACUCACUAUGGCCUCUAGGCUCUGAACACCAAAUUCUGCAACCCUGGAUUGUGGUGAAUCUGGUUGUAGCUUUACUGGUUGGACUGGCCUGGUUUUUCAUCUCCAUGAGACCUGACAUGGACUACACAGAAGAGUUCUUAAUAUCAAUGGAGAUUGAUGACCAUCUACAAUACAAUGAGAAAUCAGAAAUCCCCUUUUGAAAAUCCCAAACACUUAUGAGGACUGAAAUCUUUUUUUUUUUUUUCUGAAGCAUACAUUUUGUGGUGUUGGCAAGGAAGAAGCUUAACAGUUAGGCACCGUAAUGACAAAGCUCUUAGUCUUUUUUUUUUUUUAGAA